CCACCUACACCUAAUCCCACAGACCAGAGUUUCCACUCACCACUCCAAAAGCCGUCCGCUCCAGGUCCAGUCUAAAGAACCGUUUCUCAGAUCUGGAACAUUCUUGGUCCCACUCCGACUCCGACUAAAACUCAAUCAACAGAUCAGCAAAACCAAGUUGAUAUCGCUAUCAAAACCCAGCUUCUUCCGGUAUAUUUGUUGUCCAAGCUCCAAAGUUUAUGGGAUGAGAUGGAUAAUGUUCAGAAGGUUUCAAGAGUAUCUGUCCUCCCCAAAUUGCUUUGGGAUUUGGAAUCGACAGGACGACAGCUUUAAAACGUAGGAUUGUUUGGGGUCACGUUCAACGUUUGAGUCAGCUGUUUGUCUCGAGAGAAACCUGAGAAGGAGUCAAUGGGUAGGAAUUCAGGUGCCAGUGCUUCAGGAAGUGAAAGAGUUCCUCUCUUGAAUCAAGAGGUAGAGAGGAAGGUAAAUGAUGCCCAAUCGGCUAAUGGUCCUGUAACAGACCUUGAACAUGGGGAUGCAGUCCAGGCUGCAAAUGUGGGAUUCUGCAGAGUACUUCGACUGGCAAAGCCUGACGCAGGGAAACUGAUGCUUGCUACUAUUGCACUUCUGAUAGCAUCCACAACAAGCAUUCUGAUUCCAAAAUAUGGUGGAAUGAUAAUAGACAUUGUGUCCAGAGAUACAACAACUCCUGAAAAGCAAUUUGAAGCUUUGGAUGCCAUCAAGAACACCAUAUUAACUAUUGUUCUGAUAGUAGUGGUUGGUUCGAUUUGCACAGCACUUCGGGCAUGGUUGUUUUCUUCAGCUAGUGAGAGAGUUGUUGCUCGACUGAGAAAGAAGUUAUUUAGUCAUCUUAUUCAACAAGAAAUAGCCUUCUAUGAUGUUACUCGAACUGGGGAGCUCCUAAGUAGGCUGUCUGAAGAUACACAGAUCAUAAAAAAUGCUGCAACUACCAACCUUUCUGAGGCACUGCGAAAUCUAGCAACUACAUUUAUUGGUCUUGGCUUCAUGUUCACAACAUCAUGGAAGUUAACUUUGUUGGCUUUGGCUGUCGUACCGGCUAUUUCAGUUGCUGUACGUAAGUUUGGGCGUUUUCUUCGUGAACUUUCACAUAAGACUCAAGCUGCAGCUGCAGUAGCUUCAUCAAUUGCUGAGGAAUCCUUUGGUGCCAUAAGAACAGUGAGAUCUUUUGCACAGGAGGAUUAUGAGAUUUCACGCUAUUCAGAAAAAGUUGAUGAGACUUUGAUGUUGGGACUUAAACAAGCUAAAGUAAUUGGACUCUUUUCUGGAGGGCUAAAUGCAGCAUCCACAUUAUCGGUUAUCAUAGUUGUGAUCUAUGGGGCUAACAUGACAAUCAAAGGCUCCAUGACCACGGGUGCUCUCACAUCCUUCAUUCUUUAUAGUCUUACAGUGGGGUCCUCGGUAUCUGCACUGUCGGGGUUAUACACCACAGCAAUGAAAGCUGCAGGAGCAAGUAGGAGGGUUUUUCAGCUUCUGGAUCGUGUUUCGUCAAUGCCUAAAUCAGGAAAUAAGUGUCCUAUGGGUGAUCGAGAUGGAGAUGUGGAGAUGGAUGAUGUUUGGUUUGCAUAUCCCUCUCGGCCAAGUCACAUGGUACUAAAGGGAAUAUCAUUAAAGCUUACAUCUGGUUCAAAGGUUGCACUUGUUGGUCCAAGUGGUGGUGGAAAGACAACAAUAGCAAACUUGAUUGAAAGGUUUUAUGAUCCUCUUAAGGGAAAGAUUUUAAUAAAUGGUGUCCCACUAGUAGAAAUAUCACAUGGGCAUCUCCACAGAAAGAUCAGUAUAGUGAGUCAGGAACCUGUUCUGUUCAACUGUUCUGUGGAAGAGAAUAUUGCCUAUGGAUUUGAUGGAAAAGCUAGCAGCACUGAUAUAGAAAAUGCAGCUAAAAUGGCUAAUGCCCAUGAAUUUGUAUCAAAAUUUCCGGACAAAUAUAAAACUUUUGUUGGAGAACGUGGUGUGAGGCUAUCAGGAGGUCAGAAACAAAGAAUAGCAAUUGCAAGAGCACUACUUAUGAACCCAAAAAUCCUCCUUUUAGAUGAAGCCACGAGUGCUCUGGAUGCUGAAAGUGAAUACCUUGUUCAGGAUGCCAUGGAUUCUCUCAUGAAGGGCAGGACUGUUCUUGUUAUAGCCCACAGACUUUCAACUGUUCAAAGUGCCAACUCAGUGGCAGUUAUAUCUGAUGGUCAGAUCGUUGAAAGGGGCACACAUGAUGAGCUUCUCAGCAAGGAUGGCAUAUAUACUGCACUAGUGAGGAGGCAACUGCAAGGACACAAAAGUUGACUUCAAGGUCAAUUGGACAAACAAAUAUAAAAGUAGUUAAUAGAGGCAUGAAGAUUCAGCAGUGGAACUGAUCUUCUGACUAGAAUCCUCAUUUUGGGCAUGGCUUGAAUGACCCAUUAAUCUUAGGACCUUCAACAAAAUUGAGUUUGUAAGUUAGGAUGUGGUUAAAUUCUUGAGGAGAAUGAUAAAACGCAACAGAAGCAUGCCAAUAAAUAACAAAACUUAUGUCUAACUAAUGCUAUUUGUAUAUGGUCAAGUUUUGCAAAUUUGCCACUUUGCAAGAUGUAGAAUCAUAUGCUUAUUUAGUUCA